GUGGGGGCGAGGCAGAUGGGUCUCAAGGCUCGCAGGGCGGCGGGGGCGGCCGGCGGGGGCGGCGGCGAAGGGGGCGGCGGAGGCGGCGGGGCCGCUAACCCCGCUGGAGGAGACUCGGCGGUGGCCGGCGACGAGGAGCGGAAAGUGGGGCUGGCGCCAGGAGACGUGGAGCAAGUCACCUUGGCGCUAGGGGCCGGAGCCGACAAAGACGGGACCCUGCUGUUGGAGGGCGGUGGCCGCGAAGAGGGGCAGAGGAGGACCCCGCAGGGCAUCGGGCUCCUGGCAAAGACCCCCCUGAGCCGCCCAGUCAAGAGGAACAACGCCAAGUACAGGCGCAUCCAAACUUUGAUCUAUGACGCCCUGGAGAGACCGCGGGGCUGGGCGCUGCUCUACCACGCGCUUGUGUUCCUGAUUGUCCUGGGAUGCUUGAUUCUGGCUGUGCUCACCACCUUCAAGGAAUAUGAGACUGUGUCUGGAGACUGGCUUUUGUUGCUGGAAACCUUUGCUAUUUUCAUCUUUGGAGCUGAGUUUGCGUUGAGGAUCUGGGCUGCAGGAUGUUGCUGUCGGUACAAAGGCUGGCGCGGACGGCUAAAGUUUGCCAGGAAGCCCCUGUGCAUGUUGGACAUCUUCGUGCUGAUUGCCUCUGUGCCAGUGGUUGCCGUGGGAAACCAGGGCAAUGUCCUGGCCACCUCCCUGCGAAGCCUCCGCUUCCUGCAGAUCCUGCGCAUGCUUCGAAUGGAUAGGAGGGGUGGCACCUGGAAGCUCCUGGGCUCCGCUAUCUGUGCCCACAGCAAAGAACUCAUCACUGCCUGGUACAUUGGCUUCCUGACACUCAUCCUUUCUUCAUUUCUUGUCUACCUGGUGGAGAAGGAUGUGCCAGAGAUGGAUGCCCAAGGAGAGGAGAUGAAAGAGGAGUUUGAGACCUACGCAGAUGCUCUGUGGUGGGGCCUGAUCACACUGGCCACCAUUGGCUAUGGAGACAAGACACCUAAAACCUGGGAAGGACGUCUGAUUGCUGCCACCUUUUCUUUAAUCGGCGUCUCCUUUUUUGCCCUUCCGGCAGGCAUCCUUGGCUCAGGACUGGCACUGAAGGUUCAGGAGCAGCAUCGUCAGAAGCACUUUGAGAAGAGAAGGAAGCCAGCCGCUGAACUCAUCCAGGCUGCCUGGAGAUAUUAUGCUACCAACCCCAACAGGAUGGAUCUGGUGGCAACCUGGAGAUUUUACGAAUCAGUUGUCUCUUUCCCAUUCUUCAGGAAAGAACAGCUGGAAGCAGCAGCCAGCCAAAAGCUGGGUCUCUUGGAUCGGGUUCGCCUUUCUAAUCCUCGUGGUAGCAAUACUAAAGGAAAGCUAUUUACCCCUCUGAAUGUAGAUGCCAUAGAAGAAAGCCCUUCCAAAGAGCCAAAGCCCGUUGGCUUAAACAAUAAAGAGCGUUUCCGCACCGCCUUCCGCAUGAAAGCCUACGCUUUCUGGCAGAGUUCUGAAGAUGCUGGGACAGGUGACCCCAUGGCAGAAGACAGGGGCUAUGGGAAUGACUUCCUCAUUGAAGACAUGAUCCCCACCCUAAAGGCUGCCAUCCGAGCUGUCAGAAUUUUACAGUUCCGUCUAUAUAAAAAAAAGUUCAAGGAGACGUUGAGGCCUUAUGAUGUGAAAGAUGUGAUUGAGCAGUAUUCCGCUGGACAUCUUGACAUGCUUUCCAGGAUAAAGUACCUACAGACAAGAAUAGAUAUGAUUUUCACCCCUGGACCUCCAUCCACUCCAAAACAUAAGAAGUCUCAGAAAGGAUCAGCAUUUACCUACCCAUCCCAGCAGUCUCCAAGGAAUGAACCAUAUGUAGCCAGGGCAGCCACAUCAGAAACUGAAGACCAAAGCAUGAUGGGGAAGUUUGUAAAAGUUGAAAGACAGGUUCAUGACAUGGGCAAGAAACUGGACUUCCUCGUGGACAUGCAUAUGCAGCACAUGGAACGCUUGCAGGUACAUGUCACUGAGUACUACCCAACUAAAGGGGCCUCCUCCCCAGCUGAAGGGGAGAAGAAAGAAGACAACAGGUAUUCUGAUUUGAAAACCAUCAUCUGCAACUACUCAGAGACAGGGCCCCCCGACCCUCCUUACAGCUUCCACCAGGUGCCCAUCGACAGAGUUGGCCCUUAUGGUUUUUUUGCACAUGACCCUGUGAAACUGACCCGAGGGGGACCCAGUUCUACAAAGGCUCAAGCCAACCUUCCCUCAUCCGGAAGUACAUAUGCAGAGAGGCCCACAGUCCUGCCCAUCUUGACUCUUCUGGACUCAUGUGUGAGCUACCACUCACAGACAGAACUGCAAGGUCCCUAUUCGGACCACAUCUCACCCCGCCAGAGACGCAGCAUCACUAGGGACAGUGACACACCUCUGUCCCUCAUGUCCGUCAACCACGAGGAACUGGAGCGGUCUCCAAGUGGUUUCAGCAUCUCCCAAGACAGAGAUGAUUAUGUAUUUGGCCCCAGUGGGGGAUCAAGCUGGAUGAGGGAAAAGCGGUACCUGGCUGAAGGAGAAACGGACACGGACACAGACCCCUUCACGCCCAGUGGUUCCAUGCCUAUGUCAUCCACUGGAGAUGGUAUUUCAGAUUCCAUAUGGACCCCUUCCAACAAGCCCACUUAAAAGGGGUCACUGGCUGACUCCUGGUACUGUAGACAGACUUUGUACAGCUCACUUACUCUCACACCUAGCGCUUACAAUGGGGACUCCAGUGGCUGUGUCAAGCGCAUGCAUGUGCGCGGUGGCCCCCCUGCAAGCAGGGGCUCCUCACAGCCUUCUUCCUCCCCCAUGUCACUGCAAAAGAAUCGCUUCCUUUUCAGCAUGGUUUGCAUGACUUGACACUAUAUAAAAGGCACUGUUAGUCUCUUCUAG